AUGGUCACUGGAGCUAACCCCCGCCGUUUCAAUGAAAUCCCGCUAAACAGACGGGAAUAUUUGCGUUACGUCUAUGAAAAGAUACAUGGUAAGUUCUGAUUUGAUUUGUUUCUUCAAAUUUAGGUUUUCGUAAGAGUAUUUGGCCUUUCUCGGUUUUGUUUUGUCUAGUACAGCAUCAGGGAUGUGCUCAAAAUUUGACGCGUGGAUUUUGAUGAAACUUGGUGCAUAUUGAGACUAUGAUAUUUUGAGACGUUGGAGAAUGUUUUAGCUCAAAGUUGUUGGGAAUCGCUGGGAAUUUUAGAUGUGAAGGUUAGGGUAAUUAGUUGAAAAUUUUAGCGAUCCAUGCAAGAUACGAACUGGAAUUUUUAGGAAUUUUAAAGUAUGAGUUGGAAAGAGCAUUCUUAAAAAAUUGGAAGCCAAUCUGCGCGUCGUAUGAACACUUCUUUAUAUUGUACUAGACGAACAAUUUCCGUUUUUAGAAUACAAACGAGAGCAAAGAUUGCGGGAAGUUAGAAGAGAAUUGGACAAGGAAUCGGACCUGAAUAGCUUCGAAGACCCAGUGGAAAAUAAAUCGCAGCUUCCGGAGUCUCCGCCCGCUUCUUCGAACUCCUCGAAGAAGGUGAAAGAAAUUUAUGCGCUGAGAAAGCCGACCGCGAACCCAAGACCAAUCCCAUACAAAACUGAGCACAGCGUCAACAACGGUCGAGAUUAUGAUCGAAGAGGUUUGGAACAACCAAAAAAUGAGGGAAAAAUUGGCUCGGAAUCAAAAACCACCCGUCCCUUGCGCAACGAAAGCGUAAAAAGUGCCCAACCCGCCGCGAAACCACCUCAACCCCCAACCAACAUGCGAGGAGGGCCUAUCAGUGCUUUUCAGAGCAACAUGUUCCCGGCCUGGGCCAAGCAGAGCCUUCAAAAUUCGGUUUCAAGCCAACAUCAAAGAUCGGUCGAAAAGAAGUCGGAUGGAAAAAAUAAAAGCAAAAAUGAAAGCAGAAAUGAUGUCCAGAAGAAAGACAAAGACCCUGAAGAACAAAAAAACUGCAAAGCGGGGAAGGUUUCACCUGAAAAGCAGGGAGAAAAUAAGGAUAAGAUCAAAGAUACCAAGGAUAAUAUCGAAAAACCUCAAAACCCCGAGAAAUUGAAUAAAUUUGAGGGUAAUGGAGACGAAAACAGUAGUCCCAGCCCUAUCAAGACCUCCCACAACAUCAUGUACCCGGCCUGGGCCAAGCAGAGCCUUCAAAAUUCAGUUUCAAGCCAACGUCAAAGAUCGGUCGAAAAGAGGUCGGAAAGAAAAAAUAACAGCAAAAAUGAUGUCCAGAAAAAAGACAAAGACCCUGAAGAACAUAAAAACUGCAAAGGAGAGAAGGUUUCAUCGAAAAAGCAGGUACAAAACGAGGAGAAGACCAAAGACACCAAGGAUAAUAUCGAAAAACCUCAAAAACCCGAGAAAGUGGAUAAAAUUGAAGCGAAUGGAGACAAAGACAGACGUCCCAGCUCGAAACCGAGCCAAUACGGGAAAGCCGGCUUCAAUUCGGGGUCUUCGGCGUUCCGUUCCGCCCCCGAAAGCAGACGUUUCCAAAACUCCUCCGCUCCGCCGGACUAUGUUCAUGGAGGAAGUCCAGCGCCAUCGAUUUUCACAUACGCCCCACUACAGCCCAUGCAACCUCAGGUAAAGUGUUUUGAGGGUUUUUUAUUGUUUUAGGUCCCGAAUAUGCCGGUCGGCUUCCAGUACGUCCACAGCUACCACCAACCGCCCAUGCUCCCCAUGAAUCCGAUCAGCAAACCCCAAUUUAUCAACCUACCCCCUCAGCCAUUCCCACCGCAGCAGUUUUCGCGUCCAGUUCCACCGCCCACCAUGGUCUACACUUCACCUCGAAUGAAACCCCCACCUCAUCUAAAUCACCCUCCGUAUGAAGCCAUAUACAGCCCAGGCCCUCCUCCACCUCCACCAAUAGCGGUAAGCGGUUUGGAGUUGUUUUGAACAGAUUUGGAAACUAUGAGUCAAGUGUUUCUCUGAAGAAAUUUUGGGUCAAGUGUUUCUCUGGAGAUUUUUGAUGAUCUUGAAGGAUGAAAUUGAGUGAAAGGAUUCCCGUAAGACUAUAUUUUUCGUGCUUUAGAGGUUUAAAAUACGGUUGUUGUGAUUUGGAAAAAUUUGGGUCAAGUUUACCGCCGUAAAUAAAAGUUUUUAGUUUGAGGGAAAGACUUGACCCGGUUCGUAAAAAUGUGAAAUUUGAUUGUGAGCGCACAUUUUGCGGUAAAAUCGAAACAUUUUUGGCCUUGAAACCCUCAUUUUUACUGUAUUUGGAAUUUAGGGUCAAGUGUUUCCCUGAAAUUAGGUUUGGUGAAAUUAUACACAGUUUUCUGAUUUUAGAUGCAGUACACGAUCCCCAAUCAUCCUCCCCAAGAAUUUUACCACAGCCAACCCUUCUACCCUCCGAAUUCGGGGCUGGAACGCUACGGACAAUACUAA